UUGACUUCCAACAGCUGCACAGAGGCGGAGGGAGGGGGGGAUCGGAGCUACACGCGAGUCGGCCAGGGCUUGGGCGAAGCAGAUCGCCCCCGGAGCCUUGGCGAUCCCCCCUGGCCGGCUGGAGACGCCCUUGGGUGACAGGAAAGUUUCCCGAAGGCCAAGAUGUCCGAAGAAAUAAUUGUGCCGGUCUACUGCACGGGGGUCUCCGCCCAGGUCCAAAAACAGCGAGCGAAAGAUUUGGGGCUGGGGAAACACGAGAACGCCGUGAAGUACCUGGGACAGGAUUUUGAGAGACUUCGGAACGAAUGUUUGCGGAACGGAACUCUUUUCAGAGACGAAACCUUCCCGGCUUCGGCCUCUUCCCUGGGUUUCAAAGAGCUGGGUCCCAAUUCCUCCAAAACCUACGGAGUCAAGUGGAAAAGACCUACGGAGCUGUGCCGUAACCCGCUCUUCAUUGUCGAUGGGGCCACCCGCACAGAUGUUUGCCAAGGAGCGUUGGGCGAUUGCUGGCUUCUGGCGGCCAUCGCCUCGCUCACCCUGAACGAUCCCCUUCUUCACCGCGUCGUCCCCCACGGGCAGAGUUUCCAGAAUGGCUACGCUGGGAUCUUCCACUUCGAGAUCUGGCAGUUUGGCGAGUGGAUAGACGUGGUCGUGGACGACCUGCUCCCGACCAAAGAUGGCAAGCUGGUGUUUGUGCAUUCGGCAGAAGGCAACGAAUUUUGGAGCGCUCUGCUGGAGAAGGCGUACGCCAAGCUGAACGGCUGCUAUGAGGCCCUCUCCGGAGGCAGCACCUCGGAAGGGUUUGAAGACUUCACCGGCGGCGUGACGGAGUGGUAUGACCUCCGGAAGCCCCCCAGCGACCUCUUCCACAUCAUCUUGAAAGCCCUGGAGAGGGGGUCCCUCAUGGGCUGCUCCAUUGAUGUGAGUAUGUCAACAGCCCCCCCCCGACGUUUGCGAUCUCCGGUGGGGUGCGCUUCUGAUAUGAAGGAAUCCGAGACAG